AUGCGUCACGGCUGGGAUUUUCUGUUUGCGGCGUCUGCGGUGGCAGUUGUUCGUGCGACUGAUGCAUCAUAUGACUACAUUGUCGUCGGGAGCGGUCCAGGCGGUGGGCCACUGGCUUGUGACCUCGCCAGGGCAGGAUACUCCACCUUGCUCAUUGAGGCUGGAGAUGACCAGGGCGACAACCCGACGUACGCGGAUCUUGCCAACUUUAAUCAAGCUGGCAACGACGAGCUGAGCCGCUGGGACUUUUGGACAAAGCACUCUGAUGACGCGGCCCGCGAGCUCAAGUUCGAGCACACCACAUGGAGGUUGCCCAACGGCAGCUUCUAUGUUGGCGUUGAUCCUCCCGCUGGUGCCACACAUUUGGGUAUUCAGUACCCUCGGGCGGCGACACUGGGAGGUUGCGCCAUGCACAAUGGUGGCGUGUGCUCGCUACCUCAAGAUGAUGAUUGGAACCUGAUUGUCAACAAGACUGGCGACACCAGCUGGGAGGCCUCGAAAAUGCGCAAAUAUUUAAUCAAGAUUGAGAAGAACGAGUAUUUGCCCGCUGGCACGGCGGAUCAUGGGUUUGACGGAUGGCUCUCCGUCUCAACCAGUGACUCGUCCUGGUCUACGCAGGAGGACUUGCCCGCCACCAAGAUCCUGCAUGAACUGGCGAAACUGACAGGCCAAGAUACGGGAAAUGCCUCUAGGCUCGUAGAGAAGGACAUCUUGGGCGACUACCCGAAUAAAGACCAAAUUACCAGCUUCUAUUCAAUGGUCCAGCAUAUGGAUAAGCAGGGCAAGCGUUCUAGCCCCAACAACUACAUUAAGGCCACUCUCGCCGAUCCUAAGAAGUACCCACUGACUCUGAGACUUAACUCUCUCGUCACGAAGGUUCUCUUUGCUAAUGACACUAAGAGCGGCAUUCCUACUGCUAUUGGUGUUGAAGUCAUGGAUGGAAAGUCCGUGUACAAGGCUGACCCGAGAUACAAGCCUGGUACUAAGGGACCGCUCACCCAAAUCUUCGCAAACAAAGAAGUUAUUGUUUCUGGCGGUACAUUCAACACCCCCCAGAUCCUCAAGCUCAGCGGAGUUGGCCCAGCAGACGAGCUGAAAAAGUUCAACAUCCCCGUGAUUAAAGAUCUUCCCGGCGUGGGUGAGCACUUGGCGGACAACUAUGAGAACAGUCUCCUUGCAAUCGGUCAAGCUCCUGUGGGUGGUGGCCUUAUCACACUUAUGUUCAAGACACCGUCUGCUCCCAAGAACCGAAACAUUUUCACCUGGUGUGGAGUCUUUUCCUUUGAGGGCUUUUGGCCAGGUUUUCCAACCGACUAUGGCGCCAAUGAAUAUGAGUGUGCAAUGGUUCAUAUUAACCCAAAGUCCCAAGCAGGUUCUGUCAAGCUUAUCAGUGCCGAUCCGCAAGACGUACCAGACAUCAACCUACACUUCUUCAAGGAGCACGCCGACGAAGACUUGCAAGAGAUGCUAGAAGCCACAGAUCUUCUGCGCAAGGGUUGGCAGGCAGCUGGUGCACCUGUGCUACCUUUCAACGAGAAGCAUCCUUGCCCUGGAACAGGUGCCGGCAAUUGCACCGAUGCCGCAAAGAAGGAGCUGCUACUCACACAAGCUUACUCUCACCACGCAUCGUCCACAUGCGCCAUUGGUGGCGAUGAUGAUAAGUGGGCAGUGUUGGACUCCAAAUUCCGUGUACGUGGGGUGAGUGGACUCCGCGUCGUAGAUGCAUCAGUCUUUCCUGCUGUUCCGGGUGCUUUCCCCGUACUGCCGACAUUCAUGAUUUCGGCGAAGGCUGCGGAGGAUAUCCUGGCAGAUGCCGCGAAAGUAUAG